AUGCUAGCACACGAACAAUCAAGGAAGGAAAAGUGCUCGAACGAGGAGCUAAACCAACUUUUUCAAACAUUCUUCCAAGGGGAUGAACCAGAUGCCAGAGAGAACAUCUGCCCAACGGAAAAUGAAGUGGAGCAACACUUCAGGGAGACUUAUCGAAUCAAUUCAAAUGGAAAAUUCGUGGUGCAAGUCCCAUGGACAAGGGAGCUCUCAUGCUUGGGGGACUCAUAUACGCAAGCGCACCGACGACUGCUAUCUCUAGAGCGACGACUCGCUCGGAAUAUGGAAACGAAGCUAGAGUACGACAAGUUUAUGAAGGAGUACUUGGAGCUAGACCACAUGGAGCUGGUCAAAAACAAGGACCAAUGCAAGGUCAGAUACUACAUACCACAUUCGUGCGUGGUAAAGCCCGACUCAACGUCAACUAAGUUGAGGGUAGUUUUUGACGCCAGCGCUAAGACCAACACGGGUAUGGCGCUGAAUGACAUCCAGGCAGUUGGACCGGUUAUACAACGAGACCAGUUCGACCUGUCUCUAGACUUCCGCGGAGAAGAUUACGUUCUCAGUGCAGACAUCACCAAGAUGUACAGGCAGAUUCUGCUACACGAGGAUGACACCUGGGCUCAGUGUAUCCUAUAUAGGUUUACCCCACAGGAAAAGGUUCAAACCUACAGACUCAAGACGGUCACAUACGGUGAAGCGUCUUCCUUCUUCCUGGCCUGCCGCGCGUUGCACCAGGUGGGAGAGGAAAUGAAAGUGGUCAAUCCGCAAAUUGCCAACAUUAUACAACAAUACUUCUACGUGGACAACCUCCUGGUGGGAGCAGCAACCGUAGAAGAGCUCAAAGAAAUAAAGGAAAAGCUAGAAAGGGCGCUUUUAAACAGAGGUUUUCCAUUAAGAAAAUGGGCAUCGAACAACGAAACGAUAUUGGAUAGGGUCUCAGCAGAGGAUCGCGAACAAACUAUCCAAAUUGGAGAUCGCGAAGCGAUCAAAACACUCGGCUUACAUUGGUCGCCGAAACACGAUACCUUCACCUUCAAAGCGGAAGGUUUCAAAGAAGAGUUCAAAACUAUGACUAAAAGGGGCUUGGCCUCGGAAAUCCUUCGCCUUUACGACCCACUGGGGUUGAUACAACCCGUAAUCGUGUCAGCCAAGAUCCUGCUUCAACAGUUAUGGAAGUAUCAGUUAAACUGGGAUGACGAAAUCCCCCACGAAAUCACAUCGGCUUGGCAAAACAUCAAGAAAGAAUUGCCAAAAUUGCAGGAAAUGGAAUUUCCUAGAAGGGCGAUUCCGAGCAAGCCGCAUUAUCUAGAGCUCCACGGCUUUUCGGACGCCUCAACCAAGGCUUAUGGAGCAUGCAUUUACAUGCGCCACAUUGACUCAGAAGGAAACAUUACCACGAACUUGCUUUGUGCAAAAUCUCGAGUGGCGCCACUAAAGGAGAUAUCGCUACCUCGACUCGAACUCAAAGGAGCACUGCUUAUGGCAGAGCUGGGUCAUCGUGCCAAGAAACUUUUCGGAGAACGAGAGUAUUAUUGGAGUGACUCACAAGUUGUAAUCGCGUGGAUACACGGAUCGCCAGAUCGUUGGAAGCAGUUUGUGAAAAACAGAGUAAUCGCAAUUCUGCAGCACACUACACCAAAGCAAUGGGGAUAUGUGCCGUCGGAGAUAAAUCCUGCGGACAUGAUCUCUCGAGGAAUCACAACGCGCCUGCUCGUUGAAAAGAAAGGAAAAUUCUGGACACAUGGUCCGGAAUUCUUAGGACGCCAUACUAAUUGGCCCAAUACUCCAGAGUAUCACACCAAUGAGGAACAAACUAAAAAGAUAAGCAUCUUCAUGGCAAUACCAGAGAUACACGAAGACUUCAUUCUUGCGUAUAAAUACCACAAUUCGUUUGAAAAAACCCGACGGCAUUUUGCAUGGCUACGCAGAGCCAUGGACAAUAUUUUACCUAUGAGACUGCGAGCAAGCAGCUGA